AGCAGCACUAUAUAAUAAAGUAGGAGAUGUGGCUCAGAGAGCCUCUGAACUAGGAAAUGAAAGAGGAACCAUUUUAAAUUGUUCAAGAGGAAGCACAGAGGAGGAGUCUCAGCUUUCCCUUGGAUUCCCUUUUGAAGGUUGUGUUGCAUUAAAAAAGUUACACCUUUGCUCAGGUACAGUUUGCAGUCUUGCCACGAAGGCACACCCUUUAUCGAGCAGAGGCUGAAGAAAAAUGACAACCUUGGACAACUUUCAGAGGACAGCCCGGAACCCGAUUAUUCCAUAUAUUGAGACUAUAAUUGGUGGUCUUUCACCUGGAGAACUUGUUGUCGUGCGUGGAUUAGUUCCAGAAGACUCAGAGAGAUUCCAAAUAGACUUUCAGUGUGGAAAUAGCACAAAACCUCGUGCUGAUGUUGCCUUUCAUUUCAACCCCCGGUUCAAAAGAUCUGGUUGCAUUGUGUGCAAUACUCUGCAGAAUGAAAAGUGGGGGCAUGAAGAGAUCACAUAUGAAAUGCCUUUUGAAAAAGGAAAACCAUUUGAGGUUGUGUUUAUGUUUCUGCAAGAAAAAAUUCAGGUAUCUGUAAAUGGACAACAUUUGUUGCUUUACAAACACAGAAUUGAUCUUGAAAAAAUUAAUACCCUUGGGAUAUAUGGACAAGUGCAAAUCAGUAUGAUUGAAUUUGUUGCUAAUAAGUCUUUGCAAGGUUCUCAGCCUUCCUUGCUAGGGGCAACAAAGAAAAACACAGGAAAUGAAGGAGUACAUGAUACUGCACAAUUUGGCGUUCCUUAUACUGCGCGACUUAAUUCUCCUCUUGAGCCUGGGCGAACAAUUGUCAUUAAAGGAGAAAUUAGAGAGAAAGCAAACAGUUUUGCAGUUAACCUUAAACCGAGUGACUCCAAUGAUAUUGCUCUGCAUCUGAAUCCCCGAAUGAAAGAGAAAGCUUUUGUGAGAAAUUCCUACCUGUCCAAUGGUUGGGGAGAGGAAGAAAAGCAGGUCUCUCAUUUUCCUUUCAGUCCAGGAAUGUACUUUGAGCUGAUAAUACUCUGUCAAGCCCAUCAGUACAACGUUGCUAUCAAUGGUGUGCACACCUUAGAGUACAAACAUCGCUUUAAACAACUCAAUAAGAUCAACAUAAUUGAAGUCUCGGGGGACAUUCUACUGCUGGAUGUGCGGAGUUGGUAGUUGUUCACUAAAACCUGUGUGUUUCUCCAAAUUACCUCCAGAAAAGACUUGUUCAUCCUUUUCUCUAAUCUUGAGAACUCAAUCUUCAUUAACCACAAAAAACUGAUUCCAGAGGUAUCUUCAUACUUGCCAGAGAAAUAAAGUCAAGUCUUCUCAAUAAUAACUAACCAUAGCUUGUAUAGUAAUGGACAAUGGAACAAUUUUUAGUAUACUAAGUGAUAUACCAGCCAUUAUGGUAGAGGUCAUGUCUAAGGUUGAACAGUGAAUUUGAAGAGUAUUAACAUAGAGAUUCUUAAACACUGACAAAUUCUGCAAGCUAAUCUUUCACCUUUUUUAGAACUUUUCUAGAAAUUAUAGUGAAAGUAUGUAUCCUAGUAGUAGGUAAUAGACCAAUAUCUUUCAACUAACUGUACUAAAAUGCAUAUUGUAAGGAGAACCAUCACUUGGCUGCAGUUUUUUUUACAAAUGUAUCUUAGCAUAACCCCCUUAGAACUCCAUACAAUUGCCUUGUGAGUAUUCAACUACCUAUUUUAGAAAAAUGUAAAGAAUUUCCCAUCAAGUGUCUCUCUGCAGAAUUGUAUAAAUCAAAUAGGAAAGUUCAUAUGCUUUACUUGACGAUUUGAGGCAUAGGGUCCAUUUUUUCAGCUGAACAAUCCAAAACAGCUGUGUACAGUUGUAGUGUGUUCAGAAUUGAAAUUUGACUUCUAUGAAGCUAUAUAUAUCAACUUACAUUUUGUCUUCCAAAAAUAAAACCAAAAUUGUAUAGCA